UGAUUUGAUUUGCUCUCUCUUUCUCUCUCAAUCCACAUUCACUCUUCUGACAUCAAAAACACAUCAUGGCCGAAGUUCCUACUUUCAAACUUGUCCUUAUUGGAGAUGGUGGUACGGGAAAGACCACUUUCGUCAAGCGCCAUUUGACUGGUGAAUUCGAGAAGAAGUAUAUUGCCACUUUGGGUGUUGAAGUCCAUCCCUUGAGCUUCUCCACCAACUUUGGUAACAUCGUCUUCAACACUUGGGAUACUGCUGGUCAGGAGAAGUUCGGUGGUCUCCGUGAUGGUUACUACAUCAAUGGACAAUGCGGUAUCAUCAUGUUUGAUUUGACUUCCAGAAUCACCUACAGGAGCGUUCCCAAUUGGCAUCGUGAUCUUGUUCGUGUUUGCGAGAACAUCCCUAUUGUCCUCUGUGGAAACAAGGUCGACAUCAAGGAACGUAAGGUCAAGCCCAAAUCUAUUGAUUUCCAUCGCAAAAAGUCUCUUCAGUACUACGAUAUCUCAGCCAAGAGCAACUACAACUUUGAGAAGCCUUUCCUCUGGUUGGCUCGUAAGCUCUCAGGAAAUCCCGGAUUGGAGUUUGUUGCUUCCCCUGCCUUGGCUCCUGCUGAGGUCAGCAUCGAUGCUGCUCUUAUGCAACAGUACAAGCAAGAACUGGAUACUGCUGCUCAGAUGCCCCUUCCUGAGGAAGAUGAUGACCUGUAAAAAAAAAUACUUUUUGUAUCCCCAACUUUGUUUAGGACCUUCUAUUGAUUCCUUAGUAUACAUUUUACAUUAGUCGUUCUAAGUCCCUCCUUUUUUUCCGCCAACAACUAUUCUCCCUUCCCUACAUCCAGCCUUAGUUAUAGUCAAAUAAAAGAGAAAAAAAAA